AGAUGACGCGGGGGUUUCUAACUGAUUCUCGUAACGGCCGCGCGUUCUAUGGAUCUCACUCACUUGACCCACUCACUUGGAUUGCGGUUUCGUGCUAGAACUGUUUCCACGGCCGACACACACACACAUACAUCGGCGGUGGGAGCCACAUGCGACGACAGAUCCCUGAUUGGGAGCGAAAGUUUCAGUGCCCGCAUCCCCACUGCGGCAAGCGGUUCACACGCAAGUUCUCCAUGACUGAACACAUCAAGACACACACGGGCGACAAACCGCAUGAGUGCACCGUCCCAGGAUGCGGCAAGAAGUUCACGACCGCCGGAAACCUCGCGCGGCAUCGCAAGAUUCACGACGGCGUCUUCCACGACAAGAUUGACGCGUCGUCGCCGUCGUCGUCCACGUCGUCCACGUCGAACCGCUUGAUGUCCCGGCGGUCGUCCGAGUCGUUCCCACAGCUGCAAGCGAGGACACCACCCGGGCUCAACCAUUCAGGUUCGUCGACGAUCGACUUUCACGAUUCGUCCCUUCAGAGCCACAUCGAUGCGCAUCACCCCACCGAUCCACACUCGUCUAUGUCGUUCCCCGCGCACCUUCAGAAACGCCGCGCGUCGCUACCCGCGUCGCUUCUCGGCGCACAUGUGCGCUACCGACCGCCGCAUCAUCAGUCGAUCCUAGGCAACAACAACGACAGCGACCUCCUUUUCGACGACACCACCAUCCAGCGCGCGAAAAUGGACGCAAUCCGAGAUUUUGAGACGGGAUUAGAUAACAACAACCCCAUGGACAAGUAUGCCCCAUCGCCCCACAACCAAGCAUCGUACGGGCAGUCGCAGUGGAGCAUGCACCAACAGCACCACCAGCCAUUGCAGGCCUACGCAAGCAACGCUUCCAGCAACUACAUGAAACCCACGCGAAGCCAGAGCUUGACUCACCAGCAACUCCACUCGCAGCUACAUGCCAUGCAGCAAUUACCUCAACAACCAUACAGUUUCAAGUUUAUGGGGCAUGGAUCGCCGCAGCCCACGGACGUGGACUUGCUACUUCAAGAAGAAGAAGAGGACAACCAGAUGAAGACGUCGCCAGUGGAAGUGAAGGGGCAGCCGAGGCAAGCGUCGCCGUGGCCGUCCAAUUACAACAUGCCUCAACGAGGAACGUUUCCGCCGGAGAUGAACAUCCCGCCGCCGCCGUUGGAUUUCGACACCACCUUCAACGAUCCGUUCUUUGACGAAAACGCCAUCAUCGACAUGCUGUUUGGCGGCGACGGGCCACAGCAACAAGUCGAACCCACCACGACACUCUUUCACCAAGAGCAGUCAACGUACGGUGGACGGGUCUGAACGUGGGAACUGUAGCAUAGGUAAAUUUAGCAAGGUGUAGCGGCAGUGGAGACCUCGCUCGCUCCACAUGCCCGUUAAUGGGACGAAUAUACGUAUAAGAGUUGAUUGACAAAGCGUUAAAUACAUAUAGUGGCCACGGUGAUGCGUACUCACAAGUCGUUCUUGGUCGAGUGGAUUGGCACGGCGAUGUGCGGCGACGACGGCGGCACAAGCAGGUCGCUGUCGCUUGCGGCCCCUCUUCUUUCCAGUAGUUUUGCAAGAAGUAUCUCCCGGCGAGCUUUCCACGAGCAAUAUCCAUAUGCCCCCAUGCCCAGAAGUACACACAGCGCCAAGAUGUAAGUCAGAACUAGCACCACGGAGCUCAUGUUGGGAUCUGGAGUUUGGAUCUUUCUAUGUUGCU